GUGUUUCCUCAGCUGCAGUGCAAGUGGGGCAUGCUCCGUCGAGACUUUAUUCACUCUGGGCAGCUUUGUUGAGGAUUAGGUGGUCAGCUCACAAUGAAUCAUAAGCUUCUUUUGUCCCUUGCUGUGUAUCUAUGCUUAGAAGCUAAAAGGUUAAGCAGCGAUGUCAGCGCUAUCAGGGGGCUGUGGAGACUGGAAUUGAAGUUCAGAACCUUUCAUGGGAGACAGGUCAGAGAUGCCCUACCCAUAGAAGAGAAAUCUGGCAGUCUGGCCACAGCAGCUUUGCUGAGCUGCAGUGGGAUCCAACCAGUUCCAACUUCCCAGCGGCUUCGUUUACACUAUGAGCUUAUAAAACCUCCUACUCAAGCCUCAGCAAUGGUGGACGCCCCUCCCCCAACCAAGCUCAAAUGUCCUGGGUAGAUCUCAGACUGCUGCUGUGCUGGCAGUGAGAAUUUCAAGCCAGUGGAUUUUAGUUUCCUGGGCUCUGUGGGGUUGGGACCUGCCAAGCCAGACCACUUGGCUCCCUGGCUUCAGCACCCCUUUCCAGGGGAGUGAACGGUUCUGUCUCACUGGCGAUCCAGGUGCCACUGGGGUAUGGAAAAAUGAACUCCAGCAGCUAGUUCAGUGCCAGCCCAAAUGGCCACCCAGUUUUAUGCUUGAAACCCAGGGCCCUGGUGGGGUAGGCACUGGAGGGAAUCUCCUGGUUUGCGAGUUGUGAAGACUGUGGGAUAAGCACAGUAUCUGUGCUGGAGUUCCUCAGGCUCAGUUCCUCAUGGCUUCCCUUGGGUAGGGGAGAAAAAUCCCCGGACCCCUUGCACAUCCCGGAAGAGGCGAUGCCCCGCCCUGCUUCACCUCGCCCUCGCCCUGCGUGGGCUUCACCCACUGUCCAACCAGUCCCAAUGAGAUGAACUGGGUACCUCAGUUGGAAGUGCAGAAAUCACCCACCUUCUGCGUUGAUCUCACUGGUAGCUGCAGACUGGAGCUGUCCCUGUUUGGCCAUUUUGCCACAGGAUCAUCAAAGAUUUUAUACGCAUACACAUACACAAAUGUAAAAUCUAGUUUAUCUUCUUUUACACAAGACACUUGAAUUUUGAUUAUUUUAUACUUAGCAAUAUAGCUCGAAACUUUUUUAUAUUAGCUUAUACAGAGUUUUGUUGUUGUUGUUGUUGUUUCAGCUACAUAGUGAAGCAUUCCAUUGUAUGACUCCACUAUACUUUAGCCAUUUGGGGUAUAUCUUAUAUUAUUAUACAUGAUGCUGCAAUUAUAUUUUGGAGUUGCCAUAUUAAAAUGCAUUGCUCUUCCUUGACAUUUGUCCUAAUCAGCAUUUCUAACAGCAGUGUAUAAAUGUAACUGUUUCUUCACAAUUUAGUCCACUUUGUUCAUUAUCAAGCUUUUGUAUUUUUCAAAUCUAAUAAAUUAAAAAUGGUAUCCCAGCAUAGUUUAUAUAUAUAUGUGUAUAUAUAUACACCCAUAUAUACACAUACAUACACAUAUGCACACAUAUAUACAUAUAUUUGUGUAUAUAUAUAAUUAAUAAAA